AUGGGUAAUAUUUUUAGUUCGGUAUUCGAUAAGUUAUGGGGCUCGAACAAAGAAUUGCGUAUAUUGAUUUUGGGUUUGGAUGGUGCCGGUAAAACUACCAUCCUAUACCGUUUACAGAUUGGUGAAGUAGUCACUACAAAGCCAACCAUUGGUUUUAACGUGGAAACGCUAAGCUACAAAAACUUGAAGCUGAACGUUUGGGAUCUUGGUGGACAGACCAGUAUCAGGCCCUACUGGAGAUGCUACUAUUCAGACACCGCUGCAGUUAUAUUUGUGGUUGAUUCGACUGAUAAGGAUCGUAUGUCUACGGCCUCUAAGGAACUGCAUAUGAUGUUACAAGAGGAAGAAUUACAAGACGCUGCGUUAUUGGUCUUCGCUAAUAAGCAAGAUCAACCAGGCGCAUUAAGUGCAAGCGAAGUGUCUAAAGAACUGAAUCUUGUAGAAUUGAAGGACAGAAGUUGGUCUAUUGUGGCGUCAAGUGCGAUAAAAGGUGAAGGUAUUACAGAAGGUUUAGAUUGGUUGAUCGACGUUAUUAAGGAGGAGCAACUAUAA